AUGCGAGACUUUUACGACGAAAAGACGCAGGAUGUGUACCGCAACACGCAACCACCUACAUCACUAUCGAGACAUUCCACGCAAUCUAGUUUAGGUGUUGGUAGGCAGCUUGUCGAAGGUGUGCUCAAUUUGCUGGGGCACUCAGACUCGGACGACAGCGACAACUCAGGAUCUUCAGACUCCUCAAAUUUCUCAUUUCCACGUAGAAAGCGCAAGCGCUCUCGGGCUCGCAAACUCUCUGUAUCCUCUGAUUCAAGCGACAGUUCAAACUCAUCAACCUUAUCUCCAAGAAGAUCAAUUUCUAUUUUGAGCAGACAGAAAUCGAAAAAGUUGAAAAAGAGGUCAAGGCGAUCAAGGCUCAGAGAACCUGAUUUCAGUCAGGAUUUCAUGCUGAUUAGCCUUAAGAGUCUCCACAAGCCAGUCAUCGAGAGGCACACAAAGCUGUCACCCAUCUAUCGUUCAAUUGAAUCUACAUGUGGUUCAAAAUCUAGCGGCGACAACGGCGUAUGGUGGCUCGACAUUAAGUCUCCCACGUGGGAUGACAUGCGUUCACUGACUAAGAUAUUUCCACUACAUCCACUCACUCAAGAAGAUAUUUUGCAGCAAGAUACCCGCGAGAAGUUGGAAACGUUCUCCGGAUUGGGAUACACCUUGAUUGUUUUCAGAGGUGUAGAUGAGCGUUACUUCAGACUCUCUGAUCCCUCUCCGGGGCAAACACGAAAGGCAGAUGAUUCCGUCGAGCACCCUUCCCCAGACUUACUUUCAGACGAUACUGUUCAUGACAAUAUUGCAAAAAAGCGCAUGCGAAUCGUGGAGGGUGUAGGUGGUAAGGAGGGCGUUGAGGGUGUCGGCGUUGGUGGUAUCAACGUAUACUUACUUAUUUUCGAAAAGGGCGUCAUAUCAUUCCAUUUCGAUAACAUUGCUACACACACAGACCGUGUAAUUAGACGCAUGUUUGCUGAGAACUCAGAUAUAUCGUUGAUAGCACCUGAGUGGAUAGCUCAUGGACUGCUAGACUCUUUGGUGGACGCUUUCUUACCUUUUAUUGAGUAUGUUGAAAGGGAGACAGAAGAGAUUGACGAUCUCGUUGUUGACCCACGUGGUCUAGCGAAGAAGAGAAGCAAAGCUCCAAUACAUGAGGAGAAAAAAUCAGAGGAUACGUACGUUAAUUCUGAAAAGGAAAAAGAUAAGUACGACCAGUCACCUGAUUCAAUGUCAUAUACGAAGAAAUUUGAGCUACCGCUACCACCAACAACUCCUAAACGUUCCCAGACCAAGAUGGGUCCGUUAGCGCCCUUGCUUGGCGGUAUCAUGGAUGGAUCACAGCUGUCAGAAUGGCGCGAGAAGAGGAAUACUAGGAAGGUAGAGCGUGAAAGACAGACUAAAAUUGCGCGGUAUAGCGCCGAUAAUAGUCUUUCAAAAAGUGUCGUGAUAGAUGUACCACCACCUUCACAACCGGAACAGCUUUCAACAAAAAAGUCCGAGAAGAAACAGACUGAGGAGGGAAUUUUGGCGAAAAUCCGCAAGCUUUUUUCCGUCGAAAAUUAUGCAGGAAAAGGCCCAAAAUCUUUGAUACCAAAAGAGAUUACUUUCUUGUCAUUUUUCCCUACUUCUCAAUCUUACCUCUUGCAACGCACAACAGAUACCCGUAGACUUGUUACAGGAUUGGGUAGGUUAUUGAGCUCAAAAUCUGAUGUAAUUAGGCAACUGAGAGCGAGAAUGGUGGAAAAACGCAAGAAUAUUAAAAACCCGUACCAAUCAGAAGCAUUAAGAGACAUGAUAGUACAUUUUGGUGAUAUUGAGGAUCACGUAGUUUCAUCAACUCAGGCAUUGAUGCACGAUGAACGUGUUAUUAGCUCGUUGCAUCUGGCUUACCUAGCUCAAUUGAAACUUGGACACGCCGUUUCCAAGAGUGGAUCAGACAAUACUAUUCUCGUACUGUCUGUUAUCACUGUCUGUUCUUUACCAAUGAUGGUUAUCACCCAAGCGUUUAGUAUGAACGUUACUCAACCUAGGAAUGGUGUACCCGUUGACCCAACUGAUAACGGGCCACCACUGCUCAAUCCAGAUGGAAGUGAACCUAAACUUGUAGCAUUUGGACUGGUAGUUGUAGGAUUGGUUUGCGUGUUCUGGUUUAUUGCUUUGCUUGUCUGGUAUUGGAUCAUACAAGCGAGAAAGCAAGGUAACGAUCGUCGCCGUAGACGUAUUGGAGAGUAA